UCUAAUGAGUUGUUCAUUUGGUGAAUAUCGUCAUCUGCCGUAUACAAGCUAUGACAUAAGAAAUCUACAUCACACAUAUAUUUCCUUGAAAAACCGUUUGUAGCGUUGAAUGCGCGACAUUCCACGCUUCGUGCCAGCCAUGCGAGCGUAACGUAGUGUUGGCGCCGACAACGCGACGUUGCCAAACCGCUUGCGUCUGGUUGCCGUCCGCGGCAAACGCUGCGUCAUGCGCGUCAUUUCGCCGCCCCGGCUCAGACGCGUCGGCCGUUUGUCGCAGCCGGUACGCAAACGCGCGCGUUACGUUGUUAUAACUUCAACAUUCCGUAAUUUAAAGACUAUUUGUACACCGCAAACAGUACGUCAACUUGUUACAUUUCGAACUUUGCAUAACGACUUAGUAUUAAAAACAUGAUACCUUCAUUCGUCGAUAACGAAGAGUUUAUAGAAGAAGUGAAGAAAUAUCCAGCGAUAUGGGAUUCGAGCUGCUUAGCGUUCAGAUGCAGAAAAACAAAAGAAGAAGCUUGGAUGAAAGUAUCGAGCGCGUGCCUUAUCAAUUUCGACGGUUGUAGUAUCGUAGAAAAAGAAGCACUUUGUAAGAAAUUAGCGAAUAAAUGGCGUGCUAUCAGAGAUAAUUACGUCCGAUACUUGAAACAAAUGAAAUUGAACCAAAAUAAGAAGUACAAAUACGCUAAGCGACUCUCAACGUUCCUUGUCAUUAGAAAUAACGAUGCUGACGACGAUAGUAGCGACGACGAACGGAUCGCUAAAAGAACGAGAGAAUUUUCAUUUGAUGACGAUUACUUAGACACAAAGAGACAGAAAGUCAAUGCCAGCCCACUGUUUGUAGAAAAGGAGGAGCCGUUAUCUUCGGAAGAAAUUGAACUAGAAAUCGCAACACCACCGCCACCACCAACACCUGAGCCGAUAUUUGCCAACCUCAAAAGUACUGACAGUAGUGAUGAGGAUCGCUGCUUUUUCGAUUCACUAAUGCCAGCCUGCAAAACAUUGGACCUGGAUCAGAAAUUACAUUUCCGCAGUCAGGUUAUCAACUUACUGAGACAUAUUAGAAAAGGAAACGAUAGGAUUACUCUGGAUUCCGUAAAUGGUGUAUUUGUAAAUGAAAAUUAGUCAAAUGCAUAUAAGAAAUAUGAUUGUGUAUUUAAGUCUUAUAAAUACAACUCAGAACAUUAUUAGUGUUGCGUAAAAGUUAUUCUAUCAUAUAGUUGUUCCUUCUAAGUGUAUGCAUUGCAUGCAUACGUAAAUAAACCGAUUCGAUA